AUGGCUCAAGGUAAACUUAAAUUAAAAGCAAAGGCUCCAGCAAGAAUUACCAAAAAGCAACAAAAUCCAAAAAGAGCAGCUCCUAAAAUUCUUAAACCAAAAAAGACAGUUGCUAAAGAAGCUCUUAAAUUAUCAAAAGUUCAUCAAAGUCAAUUAGUAGCAUCUACUGAAAAAUUAAUUGCUAGUAGAGUUGGUCAUUUGGAAUUAAUUAAAGGAUCUAGAAGAGAAGUUGAAAAGAAACAAAAGGAAGCUGAAAAGAAGAAGGCCGCUCAACAAGCUAAGAAAUGA